CCCGCCGGCCCCGCCGGCCCCGCACCAAUGGCCGAUACCCCGCCACAGCCCGCCCCGGAGCCCGCCGAGAUGGCUUACUGCGGCCCCACUUCCCUCACGUACCUGCCCGUCCUCCAGUGGCUAGCUGAUAAUUUCUACUUGUGUGGAGGAUGCACUGUACCCUGUCGGCUACUACAUGAACUGUAUAUUGAAACCUGCAAUCCAGAUUUCAAGAUUCAAAUACAUCCAUCCACCUUUGGAAAGCUUAUUCAGUUAGUUUUCCCGGGUCUGGUGACAAGAAAGCGGACCACAGCAGGGAGUAUCAGAUAUCAUUAUGAUGGAAUAGCUAUCAAGAAGAACUCUUCCUUUUAUGCACGUUUUUGCUGUCUUCUGUAUGAACAAAAUUAUCUCAGGCACUGCUCGCCAGGGGAAGUGAGCAUCUCUGACGUACAGCCAAGCACCUCUGCAGGCACCAGUAAUAAUUCCUGGAGUUCUGAAAAUGCAGAUGAUUACAAGAAGAACAGACAAAAAAAAGGAACAAGUAAGAAUUUGGAGUAUUAUCCAUCUGUCAUUUAUCUAAAGGCUGAGAAAGAGACAUUUCAAUACCUUUUUCCUGAAUUCAACCAGUUCUUCCUUGGAGAGCAAGUGCAAAGUGAGACAGACCCCUACGAAAUGAUUGCACUGCUUGCCAAUGACUACUACAACUAUUGUCAAGUUAUUUUACAAAUGGUGAGAGAGAACAAGCUUGACAAGGUAGAAGACUGUAUCAUGUCGUUCUGGAGGUCUCUGCAGCCUGAAAGAAUAGAACUGAUGUGCUUACCAGAUGUGUGCCAGCUGUUAAAAAGCUAUGAUAGGUAUCUAUUCAAGGAACUGGAGAACAUCCUACUUCCUGAUUUCCUAGAGGAGGUGCCUGCACAACACAUCGACUCAAUCAGAUUGUUCAGUGAAAAUGUUAAAUGUUGGAUGCUUAGUCCUUUGGGAGGAUUUCCACUAAUGCUCCAGACAUCCAAAUCUAAUGAAGUUAAAGAGUUUGUAAAAAGACUCAGGAGACAGACAGACCUUUGUAACAUGGCCAAGACAGUAAGAGCACUCUUGAACAACAACAGCACAGUCACUGUUCUGCGAUCAGGCUUGCACGCUGUCUUCAACGAGCGAUCUCUGGAUGUGACUAAAAACCUCUUUCAAGAGAAGUUUAGGAAUCCAAAGAAGCGGCAGAAAAACAUACAAUUCAAAUGUUUGAAAAACUUAAUUUCUUCGCUGACAUCUUCCACAGAUAUUCGAGACCUCCUGAGUUGUUUCUCUUCAGAUCUUCAGACUUUUGUCAUUAAGCCAAGCAGGAGUAAAGAGACAUUUAAAAAGCAGGCAUCAGAUUUUAUGUUGAAAUGGAACCUCCUACUGAGCACUGUAGGCAAGAUUCUGACCAUCAACAGGACAGACAGUUUUGGAUCCUGGCUUUUGUUGAAUUUGCUACUCGUUGAUUUUGCGGCUCACGUUUUCCAGACCUAUAUAGAGGAGGAGAAAGAAGAUGGAAAUUCCUUGGUUGCAAAGCAAAAUGAGGUCCCUGUUCUGUGUGUUUAUGAGCCCAGCCAUCUCUCAGCCUGUUUUGCAGAGGAUCAGCCUCAAGCCAAUGCUCCACAGACAGCUCUCGUGAUGCAGAACCAGAAUAACUUUGGAUUAAGCAAUAUUUUCCAGAGUUCUGAGUUGUUUGGUGAACACAGCCACUGUCAGCAAGGUGAAAUUAACAUUAACUUAAAAGAAAACUAUGACAAAAACCCAAUUAUAAAUUGGGUAGAUUAGGAGAGAUUGGGAGGGCUGUGUUUGGUUGGGGGGUUUUAUCUGUGUAAAGUAGAACUAAUGAAAUCCAGGUUUUCAUGGAGCUGUGUCCAAUGUCACUGAAAACUGUAGUCAUAAAGCAUCCUUCACACCUCACACCCAUCCCACAAUCCUAUCAAGGGAUUGUAAUCUCCACACCACCCACCUCUUCAGUACCACAGUUCCCUGAUCUCUCCUUAGGUUUCCAGGUUUUCAGAUUUGUCUUCCAUGCAGUAACAUGGAAGAGAAAUUAAAUUUAAGACACUAUCUUAAAUCUCAGAGAACACUGUGUUUUCCAGAAAACUGUGAAGGACAAAUGUUAAUGGCACCAAGACUCACAAAGAAAAUUACAUUUUUGGGGCGACCCUGCUACAGUUAUUUUAAUCCUAAGAGGUAUUCAGUUUCCAUAUACUAGGACCAGGAGUGGAAACUGACUGUUUUAAAAACAUCUUUAUUAGUUAUAACAACCCUUAGGGGACCCUAAUUUCUUAAACAUAGGAUAUGCUAAGACUAGCUCAGCAAUAAAAGUUGGAGGGGAGAAAGCAGGUACGAAGGGGACAAACUAAGAAUGAUUUAUACAUGUGAUGGGCAUGUUUGACAGAUUUUGUUAUUUUUCAAAUGUAAAAUAAUAACCCAUCCUGUCAUACCACCUUAUAGUCAAAAACCAAACUGAGCUGAGUGCCAGCUAUUAGCAGGAGAGCUCUAAAUCACUGAUGAUCAGAAAUGAGGAAAUAAACCACUAGAAAUCUCAUUCAAUAUCUGCCCUGCUUCCUAUGCUCUUCACUGUGCUGCCCACAUGGGCUUUUGUAUGGCCUCCUAUGGCCAUUUCAAUGCUUUUUGCAGGUAUUUGACCAAGACACAGACAAAGGUUUGACCCAGGUUUGGUCUGUGUAAGUGAUGUGCCUAUAAAUAUGCCUAUCAGCUUUGCAUGUUUCAUAGCUGAUUGCAAGAACAGAGCGAGGUUGAUUAGAAUGAGGGAUGAGAGGUGUCAGAAUAAGAGAGGAAGGGUAUAAAAUGUGAAAUGAGGAGUAGGACAACUUGAGAGAAGUUAUGGAUGAGGAAAGGACACAGUGAAGGAUUGAGUGUAAAAAAUGUUUAGAGAUUAAAGAAGCCAACAGAUGAUGCAUUCUACCAGUCCACAUGCAAGAUGCUGAUAAUGGUGGGAUGAAAAAGAGAUUCUGGUAAGAGCUUGUUGAUGUUGUGGUUCAACUUUUUGAGGGAGCUGAAAAACUUCAAGCUGCAGUUCAAAAGAGCUUCAGGGUCUGUGAUAGAGUGAGUGAGCAUUUCUGCCCACUUGGGUUCUUCAGACAGGUGUAGCUCCCACCUCAACCAUUGCAGAUUCCUUCUUUUUGUGUGUCAAUACUAAUUCUAUAGGUUGAUAAAAAACACAGCUGCCAAAAGCAUCUCCAUCACCCACCACUUUAUUUGCAUGGCCACCUCUGUAGAUCCUCUGAGUAGAUUCCCAUUACACGAGAAUUUUUGUUCUGUGACUUUUGAUCACUAUCAUCAUCAUGCUCCCAAGCAACCAUCUCCCAAGCAUCCCUGCUCCCUUCGGCCACAGCCCAUUCUGUUGGGUAUCUAAAGCCUCAGCAGCCUUAGCAGCAUCCACUAGACACACUGUUGUUUCCUGGACUGCAUUUCUGCUGCCUAACAUAUUGCUCUGUGCAUCGUGGGUUUACUUCAUAAUUUUUCCUUCACCUCAUACAGCCUCAGCAGCUCUCUGUGACCCACUGGUCAGUUCCCAUCCUCUACUCCAUUCACUGCCAACAACACCAACCUCCAUAGCAUUUUAAUCUUGUCCCACAAGGCAUUUCUAUGCCAUCUCUACAGUCUGUCGUGCUGGGGGAAAAAAACCAGUCUGCUCAUUGCACCUCCACCCUCACCUCAUUGAAAUUAGUGCUAACCACUUAGUUGUGCUAUAAAACCCUGGAAAAACAAGAGGGAGGACUGGUUACAGAAAUCAGAAAAGAAUCUCCCAACCUUACCCUGUUAUCAGCAGCACCAAUAUGUGUCUGUGGAUUAGCAGCUCACUUCAUGAUCUUUUACUUGUCACCUUAAUUCUUUUCUUCCUUCCCCAUCUGUUUUUGGUUUUCCUUUCCUAGUUCAUGCUGAAUAUAAAUUGCACUCCUCAGCAGAGAGACUAUAUUUUUCCAUUUAUUUUGAAUAGUGCAGCACAUUUCUGAAUCUUAUUUUUAAAUAUAGUUUGAAGCAUGAAAAUAAUUGUUAAUAAUUUUGAAGAGAGAAUACAUUCGAAGUUGGUGGCAUCUCCCAACGAAAACAUUGGGUUUAUAUGAAAAAAUGUAGAGGGCAGGGAGUGAGACAACAGAAGAUUUGUACACACUGGCUUAGAGGGAAGUGUGGCAGAUGAAAUGCUAUAUAGCCAAACACACAUAGUAUGAACUAAGAAUUGAUGAAACCAGUGGCAGUAACGAAGAUGUUUUGAGCGAGCCAUAAUCUAUAAAACUGCAGCUCAGAGAGCAUUGGCCUGAUCUUUAUUCCUUAUCACAGAGCUUGCAGUUGCUUUCUUUCAGCACGAAUAACAUUUUUUCAUCUAGAAAAUCCCAUUCUAGGUUUCUGCACUUUGUUCACUUGUUACCAAAUUAAAAUCCUAUUAAACUUCACACCUGCAGCGGGUUUAUCUGCAGAGCACUGUGCUGUAGCUUUUAAUCCAAUUCCACACCUUCGUAACAUACAAUAUACUGCAAAUCAGGGCACGAGGAGACCGAGGGUAUGCUAUUCCUAGCUCUGUUAGCAGAGAGCAAAUCAAACACUUUGAUUUGUUAAAAAGGGAGAAAAAAUAGGACAUAGUUAACUAUUUGACAUAUAGGAACGGUAAGUGUUCAUCUGAGUGGUCUGUAUAAGCCAGGAUACAGAGAUCAAGCGAAAUCAUUAACUAAAAUGAUCAAAAAACUAGGGCAAAAACAUGACCCUAAUUGAAUUCAGUGUCAAAACUUCCGCAGAUUUUAAGAAAGCCAGAAUUUCAGCAUGAAAAAGCAGGUCCUGUCAGGACAGAGACAGGCUGAAACUAUUUGUUUUGAAAGUGAAUAGAAGGGCUCAUAGCAGAAAAGCAAAGUGUGAAUGACAUAUUAGAAGUGAAUGUGGCCUCCUGUCAGACCUUUGCCUACCUAUGAGGAACCCCAAUGUGCGCCUUCUCUUGUUGGAUUUAUUGAUGUAAAAUAAGGCUUGGCAUCUAUAAAAUCCCUUGGGUUAAACUGGAAA